GUGAAGAGGAAGAGAGCUGAGGGAAAGAGGGAAAGACAAAAGAAAUAGGAGGAGAGUCGGAGGAGAGGCAGAGCGAGGGAGCAGAGAGUGGAGCUAUAGGGAAAUGGCUUCGGAGGAGACGGCUGGCGGGGCACGCAAAGCCACCAAGAGCAAACUGUUCGAGUUCCUCGUCCAUGGAGUGCGUCCCGGUAUGCCAUCAGGACCACGGAUGCCUCAUCAGGGGGCGCCGAUGGGUCCUCCUGGCCCACCCUUUGGAGGAAACUCAGCUGUUCGGCCUGGGCUCAACAAUCAGGCAGUGGAGACUAAUCGCAAACGUCCUGCCAAUUCGCAGCAACACAUCCAACAGCAACAGCAACAACAGCAGCAAGCGGUACAAAACAGAAACAGGAAGAAGCCGUUGGGAUUUCCCGGAGCCGGUGAGAUGCCAGGGAGGCAGAUGGACAUGAAAGAUGCCCAAUCAGAUCCCACACUCGGAUCAAACACCAAGAGGAGGAAAAUGGCUGAUAAGAUUCUUCCACAAAGGAUUCGCGAGUUAGUCCCAGAGUCCCAGGCUUAUAUGGACCUGCUGGCCUUCGAGCGCAAACUGGACCAAACCAUAAUGCGCAAGCGGGUGGACAUCCAAGAAGCACUGAAACGACCCAUGAAGCAAAAGCGCAAACUGCGACUCUACAUCUCCAACACCUUCAACCCAGCCAAGCCUGACGCAGAAGACUCAGAUGGCAGCAUUGCAUCCUGGGAGCUCCGGGUAGAGGGAAAGCUACUUGAUGAUCCAGCAAAAGUGAAAAGAAAGUUUUCAUCCUUCUUUAAGAGCCUGGUUAUUGAGCUGGACAAAGAUCUGUAUGGACCUGACAACCAUCUAGUGGAGCUGCUGAGGAGCAGGGAUCAGUGGCAUCGCACUCCCACCACUCAGGAGACCGAUGGCUUCCAGGUGAAAAGGCCAGGUGAUGUCAAUGUACGCUGCACUCUCCUGUUAAUGCUGGAUUAUCAGCCUCCUCAGUUUAAGUUGGAUCCACGGCUGGCUCGGCUGUUGGGAAUACACACUCAGACACGCUCAUGUAUCAUCCAGGCCCUGUGGCAGUACAUCAAAACCAACAAGCUGCAAGACUCCCAUGACAAGGAGUAUAUCAACUGUGAUAAAUACUUCCAGCAGAUUUUUGACUGCCCUCGGCUGAAGUUCUCCGAGAUCCCACAGCGCCUGACCAACCUGCUGCUUCCCCCUGACCCCAUUGUUAUAAACCAUGUCAUCAGUGUGGACCCAAACGAUCAGAAGAAAACAGCCUGCUACGAUAUAGAUGUCGAGGUUGAGGAUCCACUCAAAGCCCAAAUGAGCAACUUCCUGCUUUCCACAGCCAAUCAGCAGGAAAUUGCCUCUCUUGACAACAAAAUCCACGAGACUAUUGAGUCCAUCAACCAGCUGAAGAUUCAGAGAGACUUCAUGCUCAGUUUCUCCCGAGAUCCAAAAGGUUACAUCCAGGACUGGCUGAAAUCCCAGAGCAGAGAUCUUAAAAUAAUGACGGACGUUGUUGGGAACCCUGAGGAGGAGAGGAGGGCGGAGUUUUACUAUCAGCCCUGGUCUCAGGAGGCGGUCAGCCGCUACUUCUACUGCAAGAUUCAACAGAGAAGGCAAGAGCUGGAACAAGCCCUGGCUAUGAGGAAUACCUAGUCACACCAGCUCACACUGACAGCAUUUCUACAGUCUGAGUCACAUGAAUGUCCUCAUUAUCGCCACAUUGUUUUCUACAGUGAGUGUGUGUGUGUUUGUGUGUUUGAGUGGGUGUGUGUCUCCUCAUAUUUUAGUUGUCACUGCGACCCAAGGCCCAAUUACACACAGCCAUUCCCGAGGACCACUUCUGUCUCUGUUUCAGCCAAUCACGGUGCUCUGCCUCGUUUAUUUUAUAUUCUAGUCAUCAAGUCACCGACGCGGUUGCCACGUCACCAUCCUUAAUGCUGAUUGUUAAAAUGUGAUGUGUUACCUCAAAAAUGAAACGCGGUGUUGUGUUUGGGCCAACAGAAUUCCUUUUAAUACAUACACACAAUGUUUUUGAUUAUUAUUUUAGUAGAUUAUCAGUAUUAUUGGUUUGAAUGUUUUUUGUCUUUUUUUUGUUUUUCAUGAAAGUAGGUCAGAUUUAAUUGGCUCCCUCUCUAUGUAAAGAGUUCUUCAUUAAGCUGCUGCUUAAUCGAGUGUAAUUCUUGUACAUUUACAAAUUAUUUCGCUACCUAUAUUAGAAUUUUUAGAAUUACUUUUGCUAUGAUUGACAGCCAAUGGUGAUAAUUUUCUAUGUUGUGUGUGCUAGGUUAAAGAUGUAGGAAGUGGAUGUGUAAAUACAGGGAUGGACAAAUCAACUGUUUAUGUUAGCUACACCACCAGGCAUGCAUAAGCUUUAGAAACCUUAUGGAGGAAGCUGAAACAGUGGUAGAUAUAACAGGAAAUAUUGUAUAUGGCAAGCUGGUUAGCUAGUGAAGUUUAUUAUUACCCUUUUUUUUUAUAAUAGAGCACGUUUUUGGCUUGGAAAAAAAAAAUCCAAUCCAUGACAAACCAGGACGUGACUGCAAGUAGUAAAAGUAAGAAUUACCUAUAGUACUGUUCAAGAUUCUUAGGGACAUGCAAAUAAAUAAUAAAAUAAUAAAAAAUGUAAAAAAAAAAUUUUUUUUAAACUAUAAAGCCCAGUAAACAGUAAUUAAUGAAACAAAGUCAGUAUUUGGUUUAAAAGCGCAUCGUGCAACACCACUAACAGUUCUUCUGAGGACUUUGACUGUUGCACCUGCAGCUUUUUUGCAUGCAAAACCUAGUAACUUCUAUUUAGUUUUUUUUUUUAUCUAAUUUAAAUAAUAUACUGCUUUUUUUUCUUGCAUACAAAUAUUUUUCUGCAACGUUUAGUUUUGAAUCCUGUUUAAAACUCAGAAAUGUUUUUGUACUGACUCAGUUAUAAAACCAUACAAUUUAAAAAAAUCCAUAACAAAGUUCUCAAGACUUUUGCACGAUACUGAACUUGACAGGCUUGUCAGUCUUUCCUUACACCGGUGUGAACAAACCUUACCUGGGAACCAUGCAUAGUUAAUAUGCGUAGUUGAAAAGUAGUAUAUGUUCCGCUAACAGAGUGUACAACAGGUUUAAUGAUUCAUAAGGAGUAGUGAUAAAGUUGCAGCGUGGAAGUCUGUCACGCCACCAUGAACUGCAUUUGUUUUAUGAAAGCGAGUCAGAAUUACUGACGAAUAAAAAAUAAAUCUAUAUAUAUUCUCAUUUGUCCGUCCCUGUACUACAUUUAUAGCUACUAGUUCCCAAUUUCAGGUCUCAGGCCUCGUGUCCUGUAUUCACUGUGAAGCAUUACUUUAUUUCCUCUUUCCUCUAAUCUAGCUUUACACCGUACUUCACCAUCGUUACUCUUUACUCUAAUCCCUACAUUAAUAGCGUAUAUCAGUACAUACAAUUAGUCUGAUGUAGGUAGUAGAAAUUUGUAUAUAUAUGUACAAGAAUUACUCUGUGCUAAACACUAAAAGUGAAGUCUUUUUGUUGGAUCAGUGUUUAUAAUGUGUGGAGCCCAUGAAGUAUGAUAUGUCCAUCAUUCUGAUUUUUCUAUAUUUCCAAAGAGAAAAGUCAGACAUAUGAUUAAUACGAUCGUAGUGUCCUGAGGUUUAGGUUUAGGAUUGAUGGUUGUAAUUAAAUCUACAUGAUGUUUAUUUAGACAGACGUUAACAUGGACCCCCACCUUGUUCCAUCACGGUUUCCCCCUGGGAAAGGAUUGAGUUUGAGAUAAGGUGUAGUUUUUAUAUAAUUUUUGUUUUUCAUGUUCGAGAGCUUCCCAUCUAUAUUCGUCGUUUGACAUUUACAACCGGAGCGGCACAGCCAGAAAGCGGAGACUUUAUUCAAAUCCUUCUUUUAAAAAUUCAAAGCGAAUCUUUUAUAGAAGCAAGCGGUUUCGGCACGAAUAGCCGACUGCGACUUCCUACGCAAAACAAUGUGAAUCAUGUCACGUAUGAUUAAGAUCCUAUGAUCAAAUUCUCAGAAACAAAUCCAUGCGGUUUUUGCUAGGGUGACGUAUCUACAGUACGUACGAAGGGUAAUUAUCUAUGCUGCUGGUCAGCAGUGCUUUUCUGAAAAUCGCCUUUUUUUUUCCAGCUGAAUGUUUGCGUAUUGAAGUUUAUUUAACAGCAACUCACACUUUUAAGUAGUCUUUUAAAACACUUUGUCUUGGGAGGUCAUUAACUCACAAUGAAGUAUGAAGCGCAGUCACUUCUUCAAAAUGAGGAAUAUGACACCUUUUUUUUAUAUGCUCUAUUAAACAGACCACAGGUCAGGAUUGUAUAAAUAACGACACCUGGUUUUAUUGAUCUAAUCGAAUCAAAAGGCUGUGUUUGCUGCACAUGGAAGAGUGAACAGUACCGAUGUCUGUUUUACAGCUUUCAUGUUGGAGUUCUACCAGUGGUCUCGACAGCUUAGGUAUUUAUUAUGUACGUUCACAAUGAAGGGCACUGACUGAAUGCUGUAGAAUCUAAAACAUUAUGUUUAGAUUGUAGUUAAAAAAAAAAAAAAAAACCUCAGUCGAGUACCGCAACUUUUCAGGUUUUUGCACUAAGUUGUCAUUAAAUAUCGUUCACUUGAACCGAGGGAAUGAAAUGAAGGAAAAGUUGACCUGUGCUCAUUUUGUUAGUUGAUAUGUUGUGUACUGUAUCACUGGUGUAAGUUAUAUUGUCCUCGCAUCCCCAGUGGCUGUGUGUGUGUGUGUUGGUUCUCAGCCCAAGUAGAAAGUAACCACCAUGUACUGUACGAAUACCCUGAGCUGUACACAUCAAAACAUUUUCUCGUGGAAGGAGAGUCCACACUUUCUGCUCAGCCUCGGCCAAACCAUCCAUCGAAGCUCUGCAUACACUUUCUUAAAGCCUAUGCAUGCUGCAUGGACAGAUUUUUUUAUACUUUCAUACACGGACGUUUAACACUCUUCAGAGUGAUGGAGGAAACCAGAAGAACACCGACUCGCAGAGAACUGGGUUCAAGCUACACGAAAAGGACAAAAGAUGACCCGUUCUGGUCAGCUACUGUGUUAUUUUUAUUAUCAUUUUUAAGUCUUCUGUAUUGCUGUUGUCUUGUCUUUAUAAAAGACUUAGUGAUUUUAGUAUGGAAAAAAAAAAUAGAAGCACAGAACAGAUUUCUACCAAGAUGCAUCCAGGCUCUGUGAAGUUCAUCAAGAUUAGAGCACCCCCUACUGAAUCUCCCGAACAUUGCAUCCACUUGUAUCACAGACCAUGCUACAUGUUUUAGCUUCAACAUCACUGUGGAUCCUUAAUUUCUAUUCUUCUGCUGAUUUCUCUAUUCCUCAGCUCAUUAGCUGUCAUCACUGACUCACAUGGUGGAGUGAUGGCGCCAUCAUGGUAUAGAGUUCAAAAGUUUGUGCCUGAUGAUUUUCUAGCAGUUGUUAUAAACAGUUCUGUCAUAUCCAUCUGAUUCUGAUUUACCACAAUAAACAAUGACAUUGACGUGAUGGUGGGUGUUGCACCACCCAGAAUUACUCACCAAACUAUGCGAAGAACAAUGUAACAUUGAUUAAGAAACAUGAUUGGCCCGAAUUGCAUUAACUGAUGGAAUGUUUUAGGAGACUGAUGCACAAGUAUGCUUAUGGGUAGAAGUUGUUCUUUUACAUUGAGUCACUCCUGCAUGCGAUUCUUCGCUCACAUCUGUGUUCCAGGUUGUCUUCCACCAGCUCUUGAUGCCAGCUGUGGCCUGUAUUAUAAGUCUGAUGUCAACACAGAUCCAUUUGUAUGCAACGGAUGCACAUGAUGUAUUAACCAAGUGGGUUUUUCUAGUCAGUGUUAAUGAACUUUUUGUACAACACGCAGUAGGGUGAGUAGCGUGUUUUUGAUGCUACACUACGAUUACAUUUCUCACUCAUCCUGUACAUUUCCACUGUUCCACUUUCAAAAGAGAGAAAGUAGUAUGAGAAUCACAAGUGUGGAUGUAAAUAAAAAAAAAAGCGCUUGCCAAAGUUUGUAAAAG